ACAAUUCGCGCGAGCGUAGUCUGCUUUGCUUGGUGUGGUUUGUGCGGCGGUGUGGUGGUAGCGCUUAUGCCUUCAUUACAGGAAUCGAAGUUUGUUUCUUCUAUUAAAUCGACCAUCAGCUAAGCCAACGCUUUGUAACAGCGAGGACUCUUGGGUGAUGUUCGCUGCUGGAACUUAAUAUGGAAUGUCUGCGCUGUGCAUCGCCCGAAAUAUCGUGAAGAAGCCUCUCUUGAGCGGGAUAGGCGACUGCCUUUUUAGGGCAGCCGCGGCACAGACCGUUCAGCCAUCCAAUAAUAAGCCUGCCGUCCGAUCUAUUCACCUCUCGGAGUUGCUCAGAAUGGCAGAUCAGAAGGACGUCAAGGAAAUGACUGAAAAGGACUGGCGUGAGAAACUCACUCCUGAUCAGUUUUAUAUUUGUCGUCAAAGGGGUACAGAACCAGCAUACAGGGGCCGGUGGGUCAACCAUAAAGCAAAGGGAACGUAUACAUGUAUUGCGUGCGGUGCUGAUUUGUUCAGCUCCGAGCACAAAUUUGUCUCGAAUUGUGGCUGGCCAUCAUUUUUUAUGGCAUUAGGUACAGUGGAUGGCGAUGAGUCAAACUCAAGCAUUAUACGGAAAGAAGACACAUCACAUGGCAUGGUACGAACAGAAGUUUGCUGCAGAAAGUGCAACUCUCACCUGGGACAUGUGUUCAAUGAUGGACCACUCCCAACACGUCUUCGCUUUUGCAUCAACAGCAUAGCACUCAACUUCAGGCCAGCCCCCAAAUGAAGACUUCCUACAGUCAGCGUUAACCAAGCAAUAUGGACAUGCUUUUUACGUAGACAAAAACAAAGGCAGCUAAUUUAGCCAGGAAUACCUACAGCAUUUUCCUCACAGCAAUAUUGUUCACUGCUUUAUACUAGACAGUGCUUGUGAGGUACCUCUGCUGCAAAUCCACGCAUUUAGUAUAUUUUGAGUGUGCUCACAUGAAAUAAGAAAACCUCCUGAAUCAUGCAAAAAUGGAUUACACAGACCGGUGAUUUAAGUUCCUCACAAGCGCAAAAGUGCCGAGUGCUGGAUGCUGCCAGUUGGAAUAACUUCCCGGUAAUAAUCAAGGAGGUAGCGGAGCUGAAGAAUGCUGAAAUAUGUUCGUUUGUCAGUAAAAAGUAAUCUACAGACAAUGCUGAACUUAGGGCUCUCUUGCAGCUGUAAGCUUGCAUUUAUGAAAACCAAAAAAUGCACCAAGCAGUGCUUUCGUUUUUUUAAUGAAUGGAAGAGUGGACCACAAAUGAUUUUAAUAAAUCAGCUAAUAUUUUGGACGUACAGGUAAUUCAACUUCGCUAGCAGUGUGUGUAUGCUACAGGGUUACAUGUGAGAAGAACGGCUCCUGCAGCUGCCUUGCUUGGUAAUGUCAGAUUUCUGGUCAGGCCCGUUUUAUUUAUUGCUGUAUCAAUUGUGUGUUCCAUGCUAUCAAGAGAUGCAGGCAUUGUACUAAACCAGUGAAAAUAGGUGUACAGGGUGGUUCUCGAAACGUGUUGCAAUGACUUCAUCACCUAUUGCAUGUUUCUUUUUGUGUGAUCAAAUUAAGGUGAAAUUUUAUGCAAGCACAUUUUUAAAACCACUGCAUUAACAUAGCUCAUGACAUGUGAUGUGCUUCUCAGAACACAGCAGAUAUUGCUAAGUGCUAUGUAUCAUUUUUUGUGUGUGAUAUGCAGGUCUUCUCAACUUCAUAUGUGCUCCUAGAGCCAUCCUGUACUUGUGUACAAAAAUCAGUCCUUUUUCAUGUGCCGAAAGACUGCCACAGCUUUGUUUGGGUCCUGUGGCAUGUUGUGAUGUAUAGGAGGAUUUAGUUUGGUUGCAUGAAGUGAUGAGUUUGCACGUUCUGGACGUGGGCACUUAAGUAUUUAAUAUAACUCUCACCACGCAUGAGAUCAGUGCUCUUUUUUAAGGGAGUGAUAAAGGUGCAUAUACUGCAUGAUUGAAGGUGGAGUAGAUGCUAAGACUAUCUAUGGUAUACACUAUUGCUAGAAAAAGCUUUCCUAUGAGAACAGCAUUGUUUUUGUGCGCCUUUUUUGUUUUGCCAUAGUGCAGGGUAGUUUAUAUCUAUAUGACUGCAUUCAGAGUGUCAACCAUGCCAGCCCACCAUCUUCCUGUGUAUGUGUGUUUGUCAGUGCAUCAGCCAUGAAUCGCUAAACCAAGCUUUAUUCAUAAUUUAUUUCAAAGGUUAUUUUUACAAAAAUUUUACCUUCAUAGCUUAGCUGCAAAUGUUCACUACAAAAGAAACAUCUCUGAAGUGGUUGUCAUGCCAUUGAAAAUAAAAGUUGUUCAACGGCA